UUCAACUUAUUCACAUUCAAAAUGGCUGCUUUGUUUAUUAUCAGAUGUUAUUCUUUGCCCUGAUUUUCUAUUAUCUGUUUCUUUUAUUAUGUUCGACAUGUGAUAGGAUCACCGCGUGCCCCUCUACUACUUAUUUUCCGUUUGACGUCUAGAGAAGGAACCACAGGGACUAUACCACCUCUCCUAAGAAGAAAAAAUAUUGCUUGUUCUAACUAAGAACAAAUCUUUUUCUUGAACCAUGGCUCAACAUGUAGAAAUAGGAGUCACUGGUGACCUGUCACCAAUUUUGCCUCAGAAAGAUGAUGGAUUUGCAAGUGCUUUGAAAAUGUUUCAGCUUCCAUCUUCUGUGCCUUUUGGGGCCCCCGUCGUACAAGAGUGGGUUCAACAAAGAAGAGAAAAUAUAAGACCCUGGAUCACAUUCUUCAAUUCAGCAAAUUUUCGUAAACCUCCAAGUCUAACAAGGUUGACAAAACGAAUUCUUGCCAAUGUGGAAUAUUUUAAGAGCAACUAUUUAUUUGUAUACAUUGGUUUGGUGUUGUAUUGUUUGAUUACAUCACCUCUCUUGCUAAUUGCUGUCUGUGCAAGUGCUGGUGUCGGCUAUCUUCUUCACCUCCGGUCUAAGGAAGGAAUGAAAAUAAAUAUUCUUGGCAGAGAUUUACCUCUUGGUCAACAAUAUGCCCUAGUUGCCAUUUGCUCUCUGCCUGUAUUUUACCUGGCUGGAGCUGGAGCAGCUCUCUUCUGGGUAUUUGGUGCAUCAUUCUUCCUCAUUGGUCUUCAUGCUGCAUUUUACAAUAUUGAUGCGCUCAUUGCCUCACAGGAAGAUAGGUUUGAUCUUGAAGAAGUUUAGAUAUGUAUGAUUCCUAAGCCUUACCACUCUUCCUAUUUCGUGAAAUCCAAACAAUUUACAACAUUGCAGAAUAAAAAAAUAAUCAAAUUUUACAGGAAGGCAAAAGAUUUUCUUCUACUCAAUUGUGUACAUUGAUUCUUUUUGUCUUGUAAUUUGAUGAUAUUGUGCAAUUAUAGUCCAAUCAAGCAGAAAACAGAAAUCCACUCUAAAAUUACUAUAUAAUCUGUUGUCAAAAUGAUGUUUCCUUUCGAUUGGUUCGUUUGGUAAAUUGUUGUAUAUGAGCAGGACUCAGUAUUCAAUUUUUUCAGAAAAAGAAAAACUGUUUCAAAGCCUAAACAAAGAAAUAUUAUGAAUCUUAAUUAUUAGUAUUUGUGCCUUGCUAAUAAAUUCUUGUUCCUACUUAUUGCUAUCAACUCAAUUGUGAUGAUACAACAUAUUUUGUACUGCACAACUUAUGCUUAUGAAAAUUGCUGUGUAUAUUUUUGUUAAAAAUUAAAAUGUUACAAUUUUUUAAA